AGGGAAGAUGGUGGAAAAGACCGUUCGGGAUGACGUGCGCGUGAUCCGCACCGGCGGCAGCAAAAUCAACUACAGGCGGCCGCUCUUCUCGGUCGACAACAGAUAUUUGUUGUGUGCAUCAGGCGAUUUUGUGAAAGUAUAUAGUACAGCUACAGAGGAAUGUGUACGUGUUCUGCAAGGCCAUAAGAAUCUUGUCACAGGCAUUCAGCUUAAUCCCAGAAAUCAUUUGCAGUUGUAUUCUACAUCAUUGGAUGGCACAAUUAGACUUUGGGACUUCACAGAUGGAAUCUUAAUAAAAACCUUUGUUGUGGACUUUAAACUGCUUGCCCUGUACACAUCUGCUGCUGACGAAAAGUCCAUCUUUGCUAUUGUUCCAAAAGAUGAUACUGAAAUCUCAGAGAAUUUUCAGUUGGUGUCCAUCAAUCUGCCAAAGUCAACCGAUCAAGAGGUUGCAGUUAAAGACGUAACUGUCGUUUUGGAUGAUGUACAUCAGUCACCGAAAUCAAUAGCUUUUGGCAGAGAGGGUCAGUUUGUUGCUUCAGUCAAAUCUCUUGAACUUCGUGUGCUUCUCUUUAAAAGGAGAAAGUACUACAGGUUUCCCUUGAGUAGCAAAGAUCGGAAAGGAGCUAACAAUGUGUUUACGUGUGUAGCCUGUCAUCCAAAGGAAGACUGUAUAGCAACAGGCCACAAAGAUGGUAAAAUUCGGCUCUGGAGGAACAUCAGUAACAAACAGGAGUAUACCUAUUCAACCCAACACUGGCAUCACAAUGUAGUCAAUGAUCUGAUCUUCUCAGCAGAAGGCACUAGUUUACUCUCUGGAGGAGUGGAGUCUGUACUGGUUCAAUGGCGGUAUAAAUCUGAAACAAAGAAAGAGUUUCUGCCUCGACUUGGAGGAGCGAUUGAACAUAUUGCAACCUCACCUGAUGGUGUCUUGCAUUGCACAUCUCACAGUGAUAAUAAAAUAAUCACCAUCCAAAGCAAUUUGACUGUUUCUGCCAUAAUCCAAGGUUUAGUUAAAGGUCAGGAGGUUUUAACUGGUUUAAUGCUUGAUCCAAGAAGCAAAGCUCUGGUUCUAAAUGGGAAACCAGGGCAUUUGCAAUUUUAUUCACUCCAGAGUGACAAGCAGUUGUACAAUCUAGACAUAGUACAAAAGGAAUAUAUCCACCAAUCAGGGCUAAACCAGACUCAGGUGGUCAAGGCAGUCUUUGACUGUCAGGGUACAUGGUUGGUAACUGUGGAAGAAAGGAAGGAAGAAACAACUGACCUUGAGCAGCAAAUGAAAUUUUGGGCUUAUAUUGAGGAACAACAGAGUUUUGCUCUUAAUACCAUGAUAAAUGCACCACAUGAGAGCCACAUCUCAGCACUUUGCUUUCAAAAUUUGACUGGCUCUAGAAGUGGGCCAGCUACGUUGGUAACGGCUGGACUCGAUUGCCAGUUCAAAGUCUGGAUUCUUGGAGAUGAUUCAGAUAUAUACAGAAAGUGUGUAUGCUGGAGCUGUGAUUUUGUGGGAACAUAUCACCACCUUCAGGCCACAAAUUGUAGUUUCUCUGAAGAUGGUUCCUUGCUUGCUGUCAGUUUUGAACAGAUCAUUACUUUAUGGGACCCAGACACUUGGGAUCUGAAAUGCACCUUCUGCCAUCCACCUGGGAAAAUACAAGACCUUGCCUUUGGAAGACUCAGCUGUUCCAAGUACCUCCUUGGAACAACUGAUAAUGGUUUCUUGUGCUGUUGGAACCUUUUAAGCUGUAGCUUGGAAUGGAGCACACAGUUGAAUGUUAAAGUCUUGCAAGUUGACCCUCUUUCUGAAAAUGUUGCUGCUUUUACUGAAUUUUCUCAGGUUACAGACUUGUUUGUUUUUAAGCCUAACGAGCCAAGGCCCCUGUACAUGCAGAAGAAUGUGUGUUCUGGUCUGGUUCAGUGGGCUCUCUUUGUUCCCAGAGAAUUUCCUGAGGACUACAAUUCUGAUGGUAAGCAAUGGCUAGCCAGAUCCCAGCUCUACUUCCUGUCUGCUUCACAGAACUUGAUGACAUUCGGUACAGAAUCAGUAGAAGAAAGAUUGACAUCAUCCAGCAAGCAUCUGGUCAUAGAAGAAAACAUUCCCAUGACUCCUUUCCAUGUGUUGCUGCGAAAGCAUAGGGAGCAGCAAACCAGUUUUGUUUCAGAAGCGAAACAAACAGCACUGCCUGAAGGAUCGGCUACAAUUGAUGAGAUGCUUCAUACACCAGCUCAUGUUCUGCCAAAUGCAUCAUUCCUCUGUUCAAUGUUUGUGAACUCAUUGAUGAUUUCCAAGAUGGGCACAAGUGCAAAAGAAGAAGAGGUGGAGGAAAUGGACAGUGAGAAAGAGGAAGAUGAAUCUGACACGGAAAUUACUCUUGUUGAAGAUGAGCAAGAAACAAAGGAGGCAUAUUCAGCAGAGGAACUGUUACCUAAGCUGACCAAAUCUGAGCAAAAAGAGCUUAAAAAACUUCGGAAGAUUGAUUUCAGCUGGAUAUCUACAUUAUAGAUUACAGCUGGACAGCUAUUGGGAAAUGGCAGGAUAAAAUGUUAAAUAUUUCUAGUACACCAUAUUUAGUCAUUGUUAUCUAUAUAAAGCUUUGUUUUUAAAACUGACUGUGUUUGUUAUAAUUUUGUUUGGGAGAUAUAAGGUCUUUUGUGUAUUUGUUCUGUAAUGUUGUUUGGCUCAGUUGGAUGGAUGCUGGUUUAUAGUGAUGCCAAUAGCAUGGGUUCAAUUUUUGUGCCAGCUGAAGUUACCAUUAAAGAAUCUAUUCAGCCUUUCUUAGUCGGGGCUUGGUCACCCUUGGGUUAAAGCAACACCAGUUGAUUUGAGAGCACACCCCUGUGGUCUGGUAAGACUACAGCAGCUUUACCUUUCAGGUUUUACGUUUUAAUGCAUGUCCUAACUCAUACAUUUGGUUUGUAGGACCUCAGCCCUUUUUUUUCAACCUAUGUCAUUGAUCCCAUUAUGUACCACAACCACUAGCUGUUCUCAUGUGCGCACACAUUCCUUUAGAAUGCCCUUUGGUGAGACAUCCAUGACCUUGGCUCCAUUAAGGAACUGUGCCAUCCAGCAGUCUCUUCUGUAGCUACAGAAAUGCCUGUCUGUUCUCUUUACGAAUGAAUCCCCAACCACUACAUGGAACACACCAAACAUUUAUUCCAGGAGGUUAAGUUGCCUAUUUAAAUGAUGGGGUUCACUAUAUAUGCAGUUUCUGUCAUCCGCAGUAGGUCUUGGAAUGUGUAACCUGUGGGUACAGGGGUACACUUAUAUUUCCUGAUACUCAUCUUCUUCCUUCCUUCUCUUGUGUAGCAGAACCACCCAUGGGGCCAUGGAUUUGACUUUUGGGUUGUGGCGGUGGUGGGGUGGGGUGCAGUCAAAGGGUCAUAGAGAUGUACAGCAUGGAAACAGAUCCUUUGGUCCAACCCAUCCAAGCCGACCAGAUAUCCCAACCCAAUCUAGUCCCACCUGCCACCACCCGGCCCAUAUCUCUCCAAAUCCUUCCUAUUCACCUGGGCUUGUUUCUCUGGACUUGAGCAUUCUGGAUGUUGUUUUAUGGGAGAGGGUUCUUCUGCAUCCAUAUGUAUGGUAAAGGUAUACUCCCCAGUUUGUCCCUACAUAAUCCUUUAAACUUUGAGAGUAGCCUUGUUGGAUCUCCCCAUUGUUCUGUGCCUAAUUAUAAAUAUGUCUCCAAUAGUUUGAGAUUUAAUUUGACAACUUCUGCAUCAUUCUCAUUACCUUUUGCAUCCUCCAAAGGCUGAAAGUUCUGUCCCCUUUAUGCUCCCACCUGCUGUCGUUGGGUUUGUAAGAGUGACUGAACGGAGUCUGGGCUGCUGCCAUGUCUUGCUGUUUCAACCUUCUGUUUCUCUAUUGAUUUCUUACUAUUGGGAUAGUUUUUUGUUUUAGUUCCUCAAAGUUAUUUUCCUAAGGAUCCUGGAUCUCGACUCCUCAAAAGUUAAAUUACAAAGUGAUCUUUCAGGCUAGGGUGUGAAAGAGAUCCCCUUUAUACAUACACCACAAAAGAUUGCUGUGCAGCUCAAGUAAUUAGGAAGGUAAAUUGAAUAAUAGUUUUAUUGCAAAGGAAAUGGACUUUAAAAAUAGGGAAAACUUGCUACAAAGAUACAGUGCAUUAUUGACGCUACAAUUAUAGAGUCCUGCAUACAGUUUUGCUCUCUUAAUUUGAGGCCACUCAGAACAUUCACGAGGUUGAAUUCUGGAGUGAAGGGGAUUCUGUUAUAAAGAAAUGUCAUGGAAGUCUAAUCUUUAUCGGAAUCCAGAAGAAUGCGAGGUGAUCUCAUGUACAUAUAAGGUUCUGAAGAGGCUUGACAAGAUAAUUGCUGAGAGAAUAAUUUCCCCUCCAUGUGAGCAGGGGAUCAAAAACAAGGGGGUUUAGUUUCAAAUUUAGGGGUAUUCUAUUUCAGAUGAAGACAAGAAGACAUUUUUUCUCUGAAUGUCAUGAAUUUGGGAAAUUCUGUACUACAAAUAGAAGAGGACAUUACAUCCUUGAAUCAACUCAAAGACAUUGAACAGAUCUUUAAUGAAGUUGGGGGUGAGCAGACACGAAAGUACUGUUAAGGCCGCAAGUUAGAUUAGCAGUCUUAUUAAAUGGCAGUGCAUGGACCAAGGGUCCAAAUGGCCGCCUCUUACUUCUAUGUCUCAAGUACUGUUUUGAGACAUUAUAUAUAAGUCAUAGUACAGUGCAAGAAAUUAAAUAUAAUUCACCACAGAAAUGGAAAUGUCAUUAAGUCAAGUCAAUGGACCAAAUAGCCUUACUUCCACUCCUAUGCCUUAUGGUCAAAGUAAACAAGCUUGGGUAAAAGCUCAACCAAUUGGUAUUUCCUUCAGCUAGCAAGUGAGGGUGAAUUCUGACCUAAAUCUGCUUAUACAUAUUAUCCUUUAAUGCCUUAAUGAAUAUAAAUCUGACAAUCUCAGUUUUAAAAUGAGCAAUUAACCUUGCGUCAGCUGCCAUUUCAUGAAAAUUGUUCCAGAAGUCUUUGAUUGUUUGUGUGUAGAAUUGCUUUCUAACUCCUCCUGAAGGUCUGGAUCUAACUUCUGUGCCUGGCAUAUUCUUCACUUGGUGUCCUUACAAUGGUAUUUUGACAGAUGGUGCUAUUUGCUUGUUUUUCUCUCCUCAUCAAUCACUUGUGCAAUAUCUUUUUGUUUUUAAGUUGGCUGUGGUCAAUCACUUGGCCAACCACACAUGUUAUUUCCUGUUAGAUUGCACAUGUAAGCACUAACAUCUUAAAUAUUUUGGCAUACUCCGAAGAGGAGUUGGGGUUGCAGACUAGGAGCAAAAUAACUGCUGUAGAAUGUGAUUCCAAUCUGGCAAGAUUCACUUCUAAGAUGGCUUACAGUUCUUCAACCUAAUUUUGCAGCUUGAUUCUAUCUGUAGCUAAUGCUGAUAGGGAUAUUUAAGGAUUCAGGUGCAGAUUAAAAAUGGACCAAUUCUGAAAUAAAAGGAGAAUCUCUGAAUAAAAUGAAUUAAGAUGAGGCAAGUUUAUGCUCUUGCAAAUUUGAAAACAACUUUCAAGUGGCAAGUAGACCAGAAUAAACUGGUCAGUUCUGGUCCCUUAACAAAGGCUGAUUAGAGAGUUGAUGUAACAGCAAACAAAUCCAGACUGAUGCCACCACCAAACAUUCUUCUUCCCCCUCCAUUCCUCUGUCAGCAUCUGAAGGGACUAUAACAUUGCAUUUCUCAAUCAACCUUCUAUACACCCUCUGUCACCUGCAUAUGAAAGCUCAGGAGGUACAUGUGCCCUUUUAGCUCCACACUCUGAUGCUGCUUUUCUCUUUAUACAUCUAGACAGUUCUUUGCUCCUUUAUUUGUUCUGCUACCACCUCACUUAGCUUUCAAUAUCAUCUUUUUUCAUUUAAUCUCCUGCAUUCAACCCUGUCUCACAUCUUGCCUGUUUAUUCUAUUCUCCACUUCUAUUCCCUACCUGCUCUUAAAAACAGUAACCUUCCUUAGUGCUUUUAAGUUCUGAUGGAGGGUCAGCUUUCUCCUAAGUCACAAGUAAUUUUUGUAAGGUGAUAUUAUGUAGCAUGUCGCCUUGCUCCUAAUAAACAAGUGAAGUCUA